GGGAGAGAAAAUAGAGAGAGAACUGGGCGUAGCAAAGAAGUAAAAAUAUGAACAACACAGAGAAAGUCACAGAACAAGGAGGUGGAGGAGACGACGGAAGUCACUUCGACCGACUACCAGACGAGGUCGUUUUGGUCAUCUUCAACAAACUCCUCGAUCUCAAAACCCUCUGCCGGACCUCUCUCGUCUCCACCCGAUUCGCCGCCGCAAUCCCUCAGGUCCUUUCCGUCUCCUUCGCUGUCCCUCGCCGGAAACCCAAUUCCUCCGAAGAAGACGACCACGCCAGCAACUCCUCCGACUCCUCCGACAACCUCUCCAAGAAACUCAUCCGGUUCCUCCUCAAGGACAUCGUCUCCAAACCCUUCCGAUUCAUCCGCCAAAUCGUCGCUCCCAGGCCUGUCCCCUCCUCGAUCUCCGCCUUCUACGGCGAUUCGUUCCGCUCCGCUGUUUGUUUCCUGAGUAAAUUCCGAGAUAUUCGCUCUCUGCAGAUCGAGCUUCCGUCUUCUGGCCAUGGCGGUGAAGAUUCGUUGCUGAAAUGGAGGGUUAGGUUUGGGACCAAACUCGAGAGCUUCUUGUUUCUUUACCCUACAAGUCUGGAGGAAUUCAAUGGCGUUGGUGGUGGUCACAGUGAGGACGACGACGACGAAGAGUCGGAGUUGACCAGUGAUUUGCUGAAAUUCAGAGUUCAUUUGGCAUUUCAGUGCUUGAAAGAUGCAGUGGUGAGGCAUCGAAUGUUGCUGUUUCUAAUUGAACAACACGCGAUGCUUGAACAUGUUGAAAUUACAGAUUCCAAGAAACAGGGGAGGCUCUUUGCGAGGAAUGAACAGGUUGCUGAGCUGAGGGCUUGGAUGGGUUCGUCGUUGGGGACUUUAGGGGUUCAGUUGAAGAGCAUUGAAGUUCCGGUGAGCGCGAGACAGUGGUAUGUGCCGGUGUUGGAACUGCCGAUGUCGAAGUGUGUGAUGAAGGGGGCAACACUUGUGGUGAUGGGACUGGUUGCGAACCAAGGAGAAAGUGGUAGUGGUAGCGGUGGUGGUGGUGGUGGUGGUGGUGAUGAUGAUGUAAUGGUAAAUGGUGCUUUUGAAGAGAAAGAGGAAGCUUUUGGGGAAGCUGUGACAGAGAUGAUGGUGAACCAUAAGAGCAAGAUGAAGAUUUUAUUGUAAAUUUGAAGUUUAAAAAGGUUUGGUGACUUUCUCAUAUGUUCUUAUCAAGUUUGUGGAUUGCAUAGAUGUCUAAUAGCCCUGUUUAAUAACUUAUUAGGAAACAAAAUUGACUCUUCGAGCAAUUGAAGGAAACCCCUUUAAUUUAUAGGCAGUCACAUGUGUUUCAUAUAUGUAUUAUGCUUUGUUUGAGUAUUUAUUUUGUUACUCAUAAAUAAGCUGCUCAUUUUUCUUGUGGCGCUUUCUGUGUUUUUUUUGAGCUUGAGUUCAAUUAGUUGCCCAUCAAAUGUUGUAAGGAUAAUUUUCAUAUUUCUAUUUUAUUUUGCUUUAUCUAA